GCAUCGAUAUCCAAAACAUUUUUUGAGCUUUUAAAUGUUUAGCUAGAUAACUAUUAGCACACGCAUAGCAAAUGCCAUUGCAAUUGCUUGAUAGUGUGUUCAUAUCUAGUUUAGACACCAUCAAACACAGGCCCCACAAUGUCUCAAGAAAAAUCAGCUCCAUCAACCUCUCACUACACUCCCGGAGCAUUCGAACCCCCCAAUCCUACAUCCGAAGCUGGUCCCUCAUCCCUCCGCCAAAAUCAUCUCGAUACAUUAUCCGACUCCAAUCCCCACGAUCACAAUGACGACUCCACUCCACCCGCCUAUUCCGCCGCCCUAUCUCCUCCCGCACCCCUCCACUCUAACCCUCAGCUCCGCUCCCCAGGCCUCCCAAAUCUGCCCUAUAACCUGUAUCUCCCUCCUUCAUUCACCCUCUCAAGUGACAAAUCAACCAUCACUUCUUCCUCGGCGCAUCUCUCUAAUCCUGGGACUCUCCUUCCCCUGAUCACUUCCUUGUGCACUAUUCCUCCUAAACCCAUGUUGAGAAUAGUGGGUCAGCGAAUGCAUGCCCCGGGUCCAGAUUUUGACAUUAGGAUCAAUUUGAUGGGUUUGAUUGUUGGGGAAGGAGAGCGAAAAAUGAACUACAUGAAACUUCUUGGGAAAGGCGAAACGGGAUGGAGGGGAGGUAUGAGAGAGGCGGCGGAGCCUGAUUUUGGGGGGAAGGGGGAGAAGGGGUUGGAAGGAUGGGUUAGAGCAUUUUGUGGAGAUGAAGCGGGUGUCAAGGAAUUCAUACUAACCCGUCAAAUUCCCAAUCUCUCAACUACACAUCUCCAAGGUCUUAUACUUGCCCUCAUAGCACAGAUAGGAUAUCCAGGACACACUACCAUCAGCUUUCCAAUAACGCAUUCGAAAGUUGUGGUAAGACCUCCAGAUAGAGUAAACUCAUUCUUUAGCAGCGUGGCGAAGGUUUUCAUGGGGACGAAGAGAUAUGAGGUUGUUACUAGUGUGUGGCCGUUUGCGGAUGUGGGGAGGGGACUGGAGGGAAGGAGGUGUGCUGUUAUGGGUGAGGAAGAGUGGUUCGAUGAGUGGAGGAAUGUUAUUGGAAGGGCAGUUGUGAAAGGGAAGAAAGGAUGGGUAACAGUUGAGGAUCGAUUGGAGUGGUUAAUGGAGGGACAGGGGAGUAUUGAGCAAUGGCAAUGGAAUGGGCAAGGGUACUGAUGAUAGAAAGUUAUUCAUGUCUGGAUCAAGAGUUCGCUUGUGUUUGUAAACGAUCACGCUGGACAAUGGAUGAUAUUUUAUUUGGGAAGGUUACAGCAUCGAGACUUCUAAGCUAAUAAUAAUCGCGGCUUCCA